AUGGCCGCCAACUACAAAAGCUGUCCGCUGAAGAAGCGCCCCUUUGUCUUCGUGGAGGAGCAGCCGCAAACGGAGGCUUUGGCUUUGACCAAGAGCUCACAGUUUGCUACAACAGCCGUCCAGCCACAGGAGGAGCAGCCACAGGAUCUCUCGCUCAAGCGCAAAGCUAGCGAUAUUGACUUUGAGGAUUAUGAGCUGCCCGCCAAGCGUGAAUACGUCCUCAAUCUAUCGAAGACGCCGCUUACCCCGCGUCGUGCUCACUCACCACUGCUCAGCUCGGCGCUGCUCUCGCCACCGGCGGAGUCCAGCAGCCAGGAUUACCAACCCACUGAUAUACAUAUGCGCGGUUUGACAGCUGCCACAGCCGGCUACACAACGAAUCCGUAUCAAUCGGCUUUCGUGCUCGCCGCUGGCUGCAAUCCGAUCUCCGCUUUGUGGAGCAGCUAUCAGCCUCACUUGAAUAGCGCUGCUGCGUUCCCAUCGCCAGCCAGUUCAAUAGCCUCGCCACACUCGGUCUACAGCUAUCAGCAGAUGACGCCACCAUCAAGUCCCGGCUCGGAUGCCAGCUCCGAACCGGAGGAUCUCUCCGUGCGCAAUGACAUUCCGCUGCCGGCACUGUUCCAUCUCUUCGAUGAGACACGCAGCAGCAGCCACAGUAGCAGCAGCAUUAGCUCCAGCAACAGCAACAUCGCCGCAUACUCUUACGCCGCCACCUCCAACAUCUCUGGCUCGAACAGCACCAACGCCGUCAAUGUCUCCGCCAAAAACUAUCGGUACAAGUGCGACAACUGCCAGAAGAUGUACUCCACCUCGAUGGGCCUGUCCAAGCAUCGUCAGUUCCAUUGUCCCGCUGCCGAGUGCAACCAGGAGAAGAAGCCGCAUUCGUGCGAAGAGUGCGGCAAGCUCUAUACCACAAUCGGAGCACUCAAGAUGCAUAUCCGCACCCACACACUUCCCUGCAAGUGUCCCAUCUGCGGCAAGGCCUUCUCCCGACCCUGGCUGCUUCAGGGUCACAUACGCACUCACACCGGCGAGAAGCCCUUCCAGUGCCCCGACUGCCCGCGCUCUUUUGCCGAUCGCUCCAAUCUGCGUGCCCACCAGCAGACCCACGUGGAUGUGAAGAAGUACGCCUGCCAGGUGUGCCACAAGUCCUUCUCGCGCAUGUCCCUGUUGAACAAGCACACCAGCUCCAAUUGUACCAUUACAAUUGUCUAA